UUUAAGCGGGCGGCCAAAUAAUCCUAGGCUACUCAAGAGUAGCAUGGUAACUUAAAACCUAAAAAAAAAUUCCUCAUUUUACUUAAUUUUCUUUCGCGUUAUCUUGAUUGGUUUGGCAAUAUGGUCGACAACCUGGAGCCGCUACCCGCAAGCCUGCAAAAUCUCGUGGAGCAAGAUUCCUUGAAGUGGAUUUUUGUUGGCGGUAAAGGUGGCGUGGGCAAGACAACUUGCAGCUCGAGCUUGGCCGUGCAAUUGGCAAAGGUGCGCGAGUCGGUGCUCAUUAUUUCAACAGACCCAGCACAUAAUAUAUCAGAUGCCUUCGACCAGAAGUUCACGAAGGUGCCCACAAAGGUGAAUGGCUUCGACAACUUGUUUGCUAUGGAAAUAGACCCAAACGCGGGCCUCAACGAGUUGCCCGAGGAGUAUUUUGAGGGUGAAAACGAGGCUCUACGCGUUAGCAAGGGCGUCAUGCAGGAGAUGAUCAAUGCUUUACCCGGCAUCGAUGAGGCCAUGAGUUACGCCGAGGUGAUGAAGCUGGUGAAGGGCAUGAACUUCUCCGUAGUCGUGUUUGACACAGCACCCACCGGACAUACGCUUCGCCUUAUUGCAUUCCCGCAGGUGGUGGAGAAAGGCCUGGGCAAGCUGCUGCGUCUCAAGAUGAAGGUGGCACCUCUUCUAACGCAAUUCGCCUCCAUGCUGGGCAUGGCCGAUGUGAAUGUGGACACCCUGUCGCAGAAGCUGGACGACAUGCUGCGAGUGAUCACCCAGGUUAACGAGCAGUUUAAAAAUCCAGAUCAAACCACAUUCGUUUGCGUGUGCAUUGCCGAGUUCUUCUCCCUAUAUGAGACGGAACGACUAAUCCAAGAGCUGACUAAGUGCGGCAUCGAUGUACACAACAUAAUCGUCAAUCAGCUGCUGUUCCUGAACAAUUCACACAGCGCUUGCAAAAUGUGCGCCUCUCGCUAUAAGAUACAAGAGAAAUACUUGGACCAGAUUGCCGAUUUGUACGAGGACUUCCAUGUUACCAAGCUGCCGUUGCUUGAGAAGGAAGUACGUGGUCCGGACAGCAUCAAGGCCUUCUCUGAGAACCUAAUGACGCCCUACGAUCCCAAAGCGAAGCCAAAGGAGUAAGAAAAAAUCCACAGAGUGUAUGCAUUACCACAAAUACUUGUGACUAACCGAAUUAUGUGUGAAUUGGAAUACUUCAAAUAAAUUAUAUUUAUGGUCUCGGUCCCAAAGGAUCCGUUCCUACGCGAAA